CGGGGAGUGCCCGCGCCCUGAGCUCUCAGCUCCGGAGGCGUCAUGGCAGAGUACGGGACUCUCCUCCAGGAUCUAACCAAUAACAUCACCCUUGAAGAUCUGGAACAGCUAAAGUCAGCCUGCAAGGAGGACAUCCCCAGUGAGAAGAGUGAAGAGAUCACUACAGGCAGUGCCUGGUUCAGCUUCCUGGAGAGCCACAAUAAGCUGGACAAAGACAACCUUUCCUACAUUGAGCACAUCUUUGAGAUCUCCCGCCGUCCUGAUCUACUCACAAUGGUGGUUGACUAUAGAACCCGAGUGCUGAAGAUCUCUGAGAAGGAUGAGCUGGACACCAAGCUAACCCGUAUCCCCAGUGCCAAGAAGUACAAAGACAUUAUCCGGCAGCCCUCUGAAGAAGAGAUCAUCAAAUUGGCUCCCCCACCGAAGAAGGCCUGAGCAAGGGGGAGGAAGAGGAGGAAGGUUGCACCUUCAUG